GAGAGAGUCCUCAUUGAUCGGCUGCCUCCUGCACGCCCCCUACAGGGGGUUGAGCCUGCAACCCAGGCAUGUGCUCCCCUAUUAACUACUAUAAGUACCUCAUAGAAGUGGAAUCAUACAGUAUGUUGUAGCUUAUUGCAGUUUCCUUCCUUUUUAAGAAUGAAUAAUAUUCCAUUGUGUGAUAGAUCAUAUUUUGCUUAUCCAUUCACUUGUCGAUGGACACUUUCAUUGCUUUCAUGUUUCAGCUGCUGUGAACAUGGCUGUAAAAUUUCUCUCGAGACCCUUCUGUUCUUUUGGGUGUAUACCCAGAAGUGGAAUUGCUGGGUCAUGUGGAUCACAGAACAAUGACAUGAAAAGACAGUUUCUGCUGGAGCGACUGCUGGAUGCAGUGAAACAGUGCCAGAUCCGCUUUGGAGGGAGAAAGGAAAUCGCCUCGGAUUCUGACAGCAGGGUCACCUGUCUCUGUGCCCAGUUUGAGGCUGUCCUGCAGCAUGGCUUGAAGAGGAGUCGAGGAUUAGCACUAACAGCAGCUGCGAUUAAACAGGCAGCGGGCUUCUCCAGCAAAACUGAAACAGAGCCUGUGUUCUGGUUCUACGUGAAGGAGGUCCUCAGCAAGCACGAGCUGCAGCGCUUCUACUCCCUGCGCCACAUAGCCUCGGACGUGGGCCGAGGCCGGGCCUGGCUGCGCUGUGCCCUCAACGAACACUCGCUAGAGCGCUACCUGCACACGCUUCUGGCCGACCGCAGCAGGCUCAGCACUUUUUAUGAAGACUGGUCUUUUGUGAUGGACGAAGAAAGGUCUAGCAUGCUUCCUACCAUGGCGGCUGGUCUGAACUCCAUACUCUUCGCAAUCAACAUUGACAACAAGGACUUAAAUGGGCAGAGCAAGUUUGCUCCUACCGUCUCGGACCUCUUAAAGGAGUCUACGCAAAAUGUGACCUCCUUACUGAAGGAGUCCACGCAAGGGGUGAGCAGCCUUUUCCGGGAGAUCACGGCUUCCUCUGCUGUCUCCAUCCUCAUCAAACCUGAUCAGGAGACCGACCCCCUGCCCGUCAUGUCCAAGCACGUCAGUGCCGAUGCCAAAUGUAAAAAGGAACGGAAGAAGAAAAAGAAGGUGACCAACAUUAUCUCAUUUGAUGACGAGGAAGAUGAGCAGAACUCUGGUGAUGUUUUUAAAAAGAUACCUGGGACUGGGGAGAGCUCGGAGGAGAACUCCGACCGCUCCUCGGUCAAUAUCAUGUCGGCGUUUGAAAGCCCCUUUGGGCCUAAUUCCAAUGGAAGCCAGAGCAGCAACUCAUGGAAAAUUGAUUCUCUGUCUUUGAAUGGGGAGUUUGGGUACCAGAAGCUUGAUGUGAAAAGCAUCGAUGAUGAAGAUGUGGAUGACAACGAAGACGAUGUGUACACAUCAGGAAGGAAGCACACAGGCCACUCAGAGUCACCUGAGAAGCCACUGGACGGGAACACCUGCCUCUCCCAGAUGCACAGCUGGGCUCCACUGCAGGUGCUGCAUGGUGACACCGAUGUCCUCUUUCCAGUCAGUAGAGUGGGCUCCUUCAGCCCUGCAGAUGCGCCCCUCGGCAGCCUGGAGAAUGGGGCAGGACCCGAGGACCACACUCUCCCGGAGCCCGGACCUCGGUACAGUGUGGAAGCCAGUCCUCCAGGCCAAGGAAGUCCUCUGAGCAGCCUCUUACCUUCUGCCUCAGUGCCGGAGUCUAUGACAAUUAGUGAACUGCGACAAGCCAUCGUGGCCAUGAUGAACAGGAAGGAUGAGCUGGAGGAAGAGAACAGAUCGCUGAGGAACCUGCUGGACGGUGAGAUGGAGCACUCGGCUGCCCUCCGGCAAGAGGUCGACACCUUGAAAAGGAAGGUGGCUGAACAGGAGGAGCGGCACGUCAUGAAGAUCCAAGCCUUGGCAAGGGAAAAUGAGGUGCUCAAAGUCCAGCUGAAGAAAUAUGUAGGAGCUGUCCAGAUGCUGAAAAGAGAAGGCCAAACAGCUGAAGUUGUACCCAACCUUUGGAAUGUCGAUGGAGAAGUUACAGUCGCUGAGCAGAAGCCCGGAGAAGUUGCUGAGGAACUAGCAAGCUCCUAUGAAAGAAAGCUCAUCGAGGUGGCGGAGAUGCACGGUGAGCUGAUUGAGUUCAACGAGCGCCUGCACAGGGCCCUGGUGGCCAAGGAAGCCCUCGUGUCCCAGAUGAGGCAGGAGCUCAUAGACCUCCGGGGGCCGGUGCCUGGAGAUUUGAGCCAAACAUCCGAAGACCAGAGUUUGUCAGAUUUUGAAAUAUCAAAUCGUGCACUGAUCAACGUCUGGAUCCCAUCAGUGUUUCUCCGGGGCAAAGCAGCGAAUGCGUUCCACGUGUAUCAGGUCUACAUCCGGAUAAAAGAUGAUGAGUGGAAUGUCUAUCGGCGGUACACAGAAUUCAGGAGUUUGCACCACAAAUUACAGAACAAAUACCCUCAAGUGAGAGCCUACAACUUCCCGCCCAAGAAGGCCAUUGGAAACAAGGAUGCCAAGUUUGUAGAGGAGCGAAGGAAGCAGCUCCAGAGCUACCUGCGCAGCGUCAUGAACAAAGUCAUCCAGGUGGUCCCUGAGUUUGCCGCCAGCCCCAAGAAAGAGACCCUGGUUCAGCUGAUGCCCUUCUUCGUUGACGUCACCCCUCCUGGAGAACCGCUGAACAAGAACAGCCAGCCCAGAGUGGCCUCCCGUUUCCCCAAGCUGUCUCGCAGCCACCCCAGGGAGACCCGCAAUGUGGAGCCCCAGAGCGGCGACCUCUGACCUCCAUGGACUCCCAUACUCGGCCCUAUGUGCUGCGCCAGCUGCCUCCACCCGGUCCAUCCUGCACCCAGUCUGGCUAUGGCAGCUGGCCCCCAACACCUGGAGUGACAGCCACACCCUCCCAGUGGACCCUGGAGAGCACACCUUCCCCACCGGUUACAUGACACCCUGAUUAAACUGGUCACAGAGAGCAAGGCUGCUCCUUACUGGGCAGACUUGGCAUGUGGGCACCACUCUCCCAGGGUCUGCCAUGAGCAGAGGUCGUCCUGUCCUUCCUCCAGCCAGGGCCACAGGAGCGUGGGCACUAGGUCAGGCCUGGAGCUCCUGGUUGAGAAGCGCAACCUCAACAUUUCAUUUGGUCUGAAGAUUCACUCAGACACCACCUCUGACUCUUUCCCACAAGGGAAUCAGAAUGACUGUUAGUCUUUUUUUCUUUUUAAUGUAAUUGCCUGCUACUACCUGUGGCCAAGUUAGGGGACAGGUGUUCCUUUCCAUUUUACUCCCCACCAGUGGUCAUUAGAUACAACACUCUUUUUAUCGCCGCCACGGCCAUCAGCUUUGUGGCAUCUUCUCCAGGGAGACCGUCCAGGGCCUUCGUGUAAAGGGGCCAGUAAGUGAUGCUGGACUGUGGUUCCUGGAGCACAACUGGCUUCUGGGAGGAGCAGCCCCCAUAGGAAACCCAAGGCCCCUGGAUCCCAUGCUCCCUUGUCAGGUGUGGGGGGACCUCACCCAUCCAGCCAGCCAUCAGCAGCAACCUGGUGGCCCCACAUUGGAGAGCCAGGGCUGUCCGGAAAUCGGGGGCCUUGGCCUUACAAGCCAAGAGGCGUCCCGGUGUGAGACUUGGCUCUGUAGAAGGGUGUGUGGGCCCUUAGCUUGCACACCUGGCUCUGGAGCUCCAUGGCCUUCCACGUGGCUCUCCGUGAACUGGGACACGUCUCCACCUUGAACAGACCAUGAUCAUCCCCUUACAGACGUGGGCUCACAGUGCACCCUCUGUCCCCAACAAGCUCUCAGUGGGAGCAGGACCCUGCGUGUCCCUGGACUGAUUCCUCUGUCCUGUCUCAGAACAAGCCCCGCUGACAAGUGGGAACAGGAGACAGAUGAGAGCGUGGCCAUCACCCAGGCUCCUCCCCUAAUACUCCUCGUCAGGACCAGAGCUGCCGGCCAGUUGUCAGAGAAUCAUGGAAUUGUCCCUCCCUGGGCAAGAGCCGUCCUCAGCUGCCGAGAACUGUUAGGAAGAGUCUGCAUUUUCUGGGGGAAAUAUUAAAAAACUAGAUACGAGGUUGUGAAACAGACUACGUGGGACUAAGUUAAACCUGAAGAUAGAUACGUAGGAAUUUGAUGAUGUGAAUGUGUGAAAGAUGGUUAGUGGACGGCUAACCAUGUUCUUUACCUGGAACUGUUUCUGCUCAGCUUGAGCUUGGUGAACAGCUGGGUGAGCAGUGAGCAUCUCCCAGGUAGACGGAAACUCUGGAGAGAAGCUUCUGGAAGUUUGUGCUGUUUGUUCUCUUAGCCAGGGGGACCUUGUUCAGGGCAGUCUGGUAAAGCUAAGGCGAUGUCCGCACAGCCCCCAGAGCAGCAGAGGUGGCCUGAAUCGCUUCUGAGGGAACAUCCAGCCAGGUGAGCUGUGCCCAGGUGAGCAAGGGGCCCACUGUUCUCAUGGCUACAGGCUGGAGUGUGUGGCAGGGGACCCUGCUGUCACUUCAUGGGGGCUAGAGGACCUGAGAGACACUGUGACCUAGAGAGGCAACAUCGUUUCUUUCUUCCCCUGUUUCAACUCCGAGUCCCAUAGGGCUGGCCACUGUGGCUGGCUGCUCCGGCAAAGCCCUCCUCUAACUCAUAAGGACUGUCCCAGACUGCCAGCUGCCCCAGCCACCUCGAGCUAUGUGAAGUAGGUCUUCCAUCCUAGCUGAACUGUCCAGCGCUGCCUGUCUGGACAGUGGAACCUGCCCCCAGACGACUGCUCUUUCUGUAUUAGACACGGGAUGGAGCCACCCAUCUCCAGCAGCGGCCCCCAAUCCGGGGCCAUGGGUUCUGACCAGCCAGCCUUUUCUGGCACCUGACCUGAAACACAUCCAAGUGUGAACCUGGCCUCACCUUCUCCAGCCACCCCCAGGAACCUGCUCCGACUGCUUUGGCAGGACAGAUAAGCCAGAGACACAAGUCCACCCCCAGCCUGUAGUCAAAAAGGAGAAACCCUGCCUCCCCACUUUUCAAAGCUUAAUUAUUCAUGGAAAACGUGCCCUGCUUUCCCACUGUGGUUGUAAAAGCACAUUCCUAGGGGCCACUCAGGAACCUCUGCUGCUUGCUUUUUGCACCCCCUUUUUUGUGAUCAUGCAGAAACCUUGAAAUCACCUUUAACGUACAGACACCCCUGAUUUUAGCUCAGAUAUGCACGUGACAUGCACAUUACAGCAACUCCUCCAAGCCUUAACUUUGGAAUCACAUAGAACAUUCUCAAUGAUUUAGCCCCUUCAGCUGCUCAAAAGACCCUGGCCCUGCUCUGCAGUGUGCAGGACAGACUCACCUAGGUCCCGGAGAAAGACACAGACCACUGGGUCCACAAGGUCCAGGCCAAGCGCUGGUGCAUUAAAUGCCACCCCCUCAGGACAGUCACCUGCCCUUCAACCUGGAUCCAAGUCAGAGGAUGGGCUGUCCUCCCUCUGAGCACCCCUAGCCCCUGUGACCCAUCAGCAAGAAGAUGGACAAGACCCAUGGAGGUUGCCUGUCCCUUGAUCCAAUUAGAAGAUUAUUCCGUGCCUCCAAAAUUGGCAGCUAAGAGAGGAAGCCUUCCCUGUUCGAAGGGAAGCCAAGGGCGCCUGCCUCGCUCUAGAGGCCUUGAGCUCGAGGACCGCGCCUAGAUUGGGCGGAGAGCCUGGUCUAGGUCCUCUCACCAAAGGCAGGCUCUCGGCUCCCGGGUGCUUCAGCAAGGACGUCACUACGGUGUGUCUCUGCCAUUGUCUCAGUUGUUUCUUCAUCCCCCAGAUGAAACAAAAUGCAGGAAGAACAGGGCUGGGCAGAGAUGUCUCUCCUUAAAACAAAACCAAAGCUCCAGGAAGGGGUCCGAGGCUGGUGUAAACCUAGCCCGGAGCCACUCCCAACUCCGGAGGAAGCCUGCCCGGCCAGUUCUAGGGUCCGCAGUCGGGCCUGGCACCGCUGGCUCCAUCAUCUCAUUCCCUGGCACACGCAGCUCCCGCUCCCACCAAGCAACCCACUGCAGAGAGCUCGGAGCCUGUCUAGCCAGGCCCGGGAAAUACCCAACAGCUGCGCACAUCCGCAGGCUUCCUGCUUACAAAGGGGUCACCUUUGAGUGGUAAAGACAAAAUACCAUCGUGUGGGACCUGGUGAGAGGCACCAACAGCGAGAGCGAGGGAUGCGGGCAGGGUUUGUGGACAAGGUCUAAUUUCAGCACUUGGCUUAGCUCUGCUCUGCUCGGAGCUUAUUAAGAUGAGUCCUUUGAUAACCACUGAAAUUUUACAAGGUGGCAGGUUGUGUGUUGUGCCUGGAACAAAACAGGCAAUCAAAACUAUUUACAUUCGCAGGGCUGCUAACACCGUUGGUAACUGAUGCUGGAGGCCUAAUAAUGAAUCCCCAGGUUUGGAGCCAGGUCAGGGGACGAAGGAAGACAGCCCACAGCCUGCUGCUGAUCAAAUGCCGCCUGCUCACUUCCUAGCACCCGGCUGUGGCAGGGCCAGCUCCCGGCCGCCUCUGCUUAGUACCCCAUGGGACAGUUUGUCUACCUGAGGACCAGGUCCCACCCCACCUGCUCAUUUCACUUGGUGGCUGCCCAGAGAUGCCAGCUGCACGUCACGUGGAUGCCAGGCCCUGUUCUCUGGGGUCCCAGCAGCCGUCAUCGAACCAGCCCCUUAGCAUCCUUCCUUCAUCCUGGCUUCUUCGUAUAAGCCCAGUGUCCGUCCGCCGUGAAGCGCUCACUCCAUCUCACCUUGGCUAUAACUCACUGCAAAGAACAGGCUGGUUUCAGCUUAGACCUGGGGAUGGGCAGGCCCAGACCUGCCUGAGAAAGGCCCUGAGCAUCAUACUGGCUAAGAUGUGUCCUAGACGGGCACACCUCUGUUCAGUCUUCAACCACAAAAGUAACUAUUUUCUCAACCUUUCCUUGGCGGUUCCCUCUGGACACGACCACACACUUGGGACCGGCUCCCCAGCCUCGGCCUUGGCCUCGGCAGACACAGGGCCCUGCAGCAGGAGGCGUCUGCUUCUGAGCAAGGUGUUUGCAGUGAUCAUUUCUCAAAUAUUGUACAUUGUUUCAUUAAAGCUAACAUUAAAUAUUUGCUGUUCAGAUUGGCUUCUGUGCUAAUUCUGCACAAUUGUAGCACUGUAUAUUUUAUCUAAGAUUUCCGUGCCAACAAGUUCGUUUUCAUGUUUCUGUAACACGCGGUCUUGAUUAUGUUUCUAAAAUAAAACUCCAGCUCCUGGAUCAAUAGGCAUGAGGGUGGAGCGCCGCUGAGCGCCGUGCUCCGAGGGAACCAGCUGCUCACCCGCAGUUACCGCAGUUCAUCUGAUUUCUCACCUUUUCCACCAUGCGCCAUCGCCAAUGAAUGGGCCUGAUUUCGGUCACAGAGCCCUGACUUUUGUCUCUGAACCUCAAUGGCCACAUUGAACGGGCUUCCUGACCUACCCAACCUGUUUCUUUAGGAAAAAAAUCUGGUUUCUCUAAAAGAUGGUUGAGCCUACAGCCAGGAUGGUCAUCCCACGAGUAGAACAUGGUGGGUUCAUUGGUGUUGUGAAGUCCAGGGGUCAGGUCCUUACUGGCACAGGAAUGUUUUCCUGUCAAAACUGGAAAACCACUAGCUGACCUGUCCAGGCUGCCACCUGCCCCUCAAGCCUGCUCAGGUCUGCUCCCAGCCACCAUGAACUUCAGGGGGGAGGCACCCCUUUUGACAGCUCUUCCCAUCCACAGGCCGUAGGAGUUGCCCUUGCAAAAAUGGGCUGGGGACAGGGGAGGAGAUGGUGGGCUGUACCUUUGUGACCCGAGAGUUGCUGACCGACUCCAGACACAAGCUUGGGUAGGGGUUGGGGAGCUAACUAGGGUUUUUUAAUAUCUGGGAUUCAUCCUAGAAAGAAUGUCUUUACCUCUGCAGCCUUAGCUUCACCAUCCCUGGCACAGCUGUUCGGUAAAACACUGCUUGACUCAUGAGAUCCUGACUUCCUGGAGGAGGGGGUCUUUGAAUGCAGGAGCCGCGGUCACCCCAGUGGGAAGCCUCAGCCUGCUGGAGUCCCCAGGCUGGGUCCCCAUGGUCAGCUGUCGGGUAAUAAAGCAACACGUGGAGUCUGGUCUGCUGCCUUGCUACACAAGGCCUAGGUGUGCAGGUUUGCUCUGAAAUGUAGUAUUAUCUCAACUACCCUCUUAUGUUAAGGUUUACAUGAUGGAAUUUUUAAACAAAUGUGUUUAAUUUUCUAAAAUCUCUUGUAUUAAAAUUUUCCUUUGGAAUAAGCUGUGGUAAUUUUGUUACAAUCUGGUUGAGAUACACCUCUUUACAAUGACAAAAUAAAAAUGGUGACAUUUUAUACAUUAA